AUGUCGGAGAGGGAGGAGGAAGGCAGUGUAGACAGGAGGGAAAGCGAGAGUGUGAAAAAAUAACAUAGAAGCAGGAGGAGAAAACAAAACUGAUGAUGGCGUCGGGGGACACCCUGUACAUAGAAGCGGACGGGUCUGAAAUGCCAGCCGAAAUAGUGGAGCUGCAUGAAAUCGAAGUGGAGACAAUCGAGACAACAGUAGUCGGGGAGGACGGUGAACAGCAGCCUAUGAUCGCCUUACAGCCGCUGGACUCGGACCAUCCGCACUCGAUCCACUCGCACCAAGAGGUGAUUCUGGUGCAAACGAGAGAAGAGGUGGUGGGCGAGGAUGACUCUGAAAUGCACACGGAUGACGGCUUUGAGGACCAGAUCCUGAUCCCGGUGCCCGCCGUGGAGGAGGACUAUAUCGAACAGACUCUGGUCGCUGUGGCCGGGAGAAGCUCGUCGACAGGCCGGAUGAAGAGGGCUGGGAGCGGGAAGAGAGCAGGCAAAAAGAGCUACCUGAGCGGCGGAGACAUGGGCAGAAAAUGGGAGCAGAAGCAGGUCCAGAUAAAGACUUUGGAGGGGGAGUUUUCAGUGACUAUGUGGGCAUCGGAUGACAAGAAGGACAUAGACCACGAAGAACAAAUCAUUGGUGAAAACUCUCCUCCAGAUUAUUCUGAAUACAUGACAGGGAAGAAGCUCCCUCCUGGAGGUAUCCCAGGCAUUGACCUCUCAGACCCCAAACAGCUGGCAGAGUUUGCACGAAUGAAGCCAAGAAAAGUAAAAGAAGACGAUGCACCUCGGACGAUAGCCUGUCCACACAAAGGAUGUACAAAGAUGUUCAGGGACAACUCGGCAAUGAGAAAGCACUUGCAUACCCACGGGCCUCGUGUGCACGUCUGUGCAGAGUGUGGCAAAGCCUUCGUAGAGAGCUCCAAACUGAAGAGGCAUCAACUCGUACACACAGGAGAGAAACCUUUCCAGUGCACAUUUGAGGGCUGUGGCAAGCGGUUCUCCCUGGACUUUAACUUGCGUACACAUGUACGUAUUCACACUGGAGACCGCCCGUAUGUGUGCCCCUUUGACGGUUGCAACAAAAAAUUUGCCCAGUCAACCAACCUGAAGUCUCACAUCCUCACACACGCCAAAGCCAAAAACAACCAGUGAAACGACGCCGGAGGACUCGAGCUGAACCUCCGCUCCUUGACAAACUAAUGUCCCGUGGCCUGCUUUGUUGUGAGAGAAGAAGUCCCCUUUGUAUCAUGCCUAGGUAAAAGGUUACUGAGAAACGAGCUUUUCUCAGACUUUUUGAUAAACUUAUGGAGGUUUGAACAGGGAACUUUUGAGAACCUCGACCCCCCUCAGGCCUGCUACCCUACUUUUGCGCUACCUGGAUGGAACAAUUUACACUUUCUUCUUGUGAAGAUGUUAAUUCAUGGAUCUGCACCUAAAAACGUAUUUAUACC